AUACUGAAGAUACUAAUUCAGAAAUUGAAUCUAUAGCAUCAACCAUUGUAACUAAAAAAAAAAAUGAAUUACCAACAUUCGAAUCAAGUGAAAUUAUUCCUGUAAAUGAACAGGAAUCACCAAAAAAAAUUAAAAUAACACGACAUUAUCCAUCAAAAGAAGAAAAAGAUAUUUUAGAAACUUUAUUUGCAUAUGAUGUAAGACCUUCUGAUACUGUAAUUGAUUCCACUUUGUCAAAUCUAUUAACUUAUUGGGAUGGUUGGACAAAAAAAAUGAUUAGAGAUGCAUGGGAAUCAAGUAUUCCAUUUUUAACUGCAGUUAAACAAACAACGAUGCAUGAUUCUAUUUCCCAACACGAACAUCUCACAGAUAUACAAUUAUAUGGAAAAAUCAAUGGGUUGGCACAUAAAGUUACCAUGAAAGCAAUAAAAAAUAGUGAUGCAAUAUAA